UCUUCUGGUGGUCCUCUUGCGCGCAAACAUGGUCGACACGCUCUUUUUCUUUCUGGGACUGGCGGUGCUCGCUCGAGGGGCGGUGGUGCCCGCCGUACCAGCAGCAGCGGUGCCUCUGGCGAAGCUGGAGGAGUUCGACCCGGCGCCACAGUACAGCUUCGCGUAUGACGUGCAGGACGCGGUAACCGGCGACUCCAAGGCUCAGUAUGAGACCCGCAACGGCGACAUCGUGCGCGGCAGCUACAGCCUGAUCGAGGCCGACGGUACGCGUCGCAUCGUCGAGUACACCGCGGAUCCUAUCAACGGCUUCAACGCGAUCGUCAGCAGAGAACCGGUGGUAGCCGCCAUCGCGGCACCAGUGUUACCGCUCAGACCGGCCGCGUUGACUCCAGUUGCCAUACCGACAGCACCCGCUGCUGCCCCGGCACCGUCGAUCCCCGCCAUUGGGCCUGAUUCCGACGUCGAGAUACUCGACACCCGAUCGGGUCCCUUAAAAGCGAAACCAACGACGCGCGAGCGAGAGAUCCAGCGUCAACAGUUGCAACAGUUGCAGCGGCUGCAGGAGCAACAACACCAGCAACAGGAGCAGCAGCAGCUGCGACAAUUGCAGCAGCUGCAGGAACAGCAGAGACGGUCGUCGAAAUUACAGAUCCAACAGCAUCAACCACAAGAGCAGCAGCAGGAACAACAGAUUGCGCAACAAUCCGCAAGGAUCGUUGGACCGACAGCUGGACAAAUCGAGCGACAACAAGUCGCGAACCCCCAAUUGAUCAGUCUCCCAACUGCUGCCAGGGCGAUAGCCACGUACCCCGCUUACCCUUACGCCGCAUAUAGCGCCGCGUACUCUUCGCCGUUCGCCUACGCCGCACCCCUCAACGGCUUGGCUUACACCCCCGCCGCUGCGUUGACGUAAACAUUCAUUCAUAUCUACCUCGAAUUAUUAUUACUCCGUUUUAUUUGUUAAGAUUAUCGACGACAAAAACUAGAAUAAAUUGUUUGCCAUGAGUUACUUA